AUGAAUUUAAGUGUAACACAAACAAAACACUGUGAGCUUUGUAGAGCUCGUUUGGGAAGAGACGCAGAGAAAAUACAGGUUCAGAAAGAAGUGAAGAAAAGGGAAACCUCAAAGAUGGAAAUGGUUUUUCUAAAGACAGCUGUCAGCACUGGAGCUGUGUGCCUGGACGGCUCACCGCCUGGAUAUCAUUUCAGAAAAGGUGGGUAGGUCCAGGCUUUUAGCCAGAAGAGCGUCCAGGCGUCCUGGGACGCCCCUAGAACGAAAAAUUGACGCCUUUGGACGCCCAAAUUCCAGGGGAAAAGGGAAAUUAUUUUCAAUGAUUUCCCUAAGUAUAUCAAUAUAUCUGAAACGAAAUAGCUUCAAUUCUCACUAUUAUUAUACACUUGACAUUUUGAUAAAUUUGAUGGUGUACCUGGCUGAAUGAAAAUGUCGUAGUUAAGUAAAGAAGCAUAGCGGCACAAACUCACAAAGCCAAGUGUUUCGAAAAAUUUCUAAUGAGCUUGGAACAGAUACUGACAUGAAGUAACUUAAAAUUCAAAGGUUUUCCACAGGAACGUUUUUUCGAACCCCCUCUCCCCCCCCCGCUCUUUACUGUAGAUGUAUCGCACGAUGUAUCGUGCCAAAAUUGGACGCCCUCUUUCAGGUCCCUGGCUAAAAGCCUGGGUAUGUCUCCUUUACGGGCAGCAGCAAUCUCGUUCCCCGAGCCUGCGAUCCUCGGGAAGGAACGCGAGGCUCUGGGAUAAUCCGUUGCCGGAAGCCAGGAAUUCUGGCUAAGAUUGAACUGCGCAUUCCAUUUCAACGGCCAAUCAGAUUCCUCCCUGAAACGGAUUAUCCCAGAGCCUCGCGUUCCUUCCCGAGGAUCGCAGGCUCGGGGAACGAGAUUGGGGCAGCAGAUGUGGCAGUCAACUUUAGGACUAUAUAGCUCAGUUGGUUAGACAGCUGCACCGGAAUCGCAGGUUCGAUUCCAGCCAGAGGGCUUAUAAGUUGUAUUUUUCGCAACUGCCCCUCGUUAAGCUACGUUUACACGCUGCGAUUUGUCGGGCCGAUUUUGGUAAAUAAGCGUUGCCCCUUCGACAUUUAGCGACUUAAACGUUCAAUUGAAGCUGUCCACUCUCUCGUCUGUUUAUAUUAUAGUUUUCUGCGUGCGAAAAGUUUUCAACAAUUUUACAACGAAAAAAAAUCGUUGAAUCGUGAGAAAAAUCUGUGCUUUGUUACAGAUUUUUCUCCCGAUUUUGUGAAUCGCAAGGUGCUGACGCGGGUACUCACGACAGGUUAUUUACAUACAGCGAGCAAAAUCGGCCCGACAACUGAUCGCAGCGUGUAAACGUACCUUUAGGCAAGGGUGGGUAGUAGCGAAGUAGUUGUAGUUCGCUACUGUAUCGAACUACAAUUUUCAAGUAGCCAGUAGUUUUUGACUACUUUUUUAAAACAGUAGUUGUAGUUAUAGCGAACUACAUUUUGCCUAAAAGUAGCCAAGUAGUUGACUACUUUUCAAACAGCGAAUCGCUAUUCGCUACUUUUUAAAAUUGUUAGCAACUUGAUAGAAUAGCGUGAUAUUAAGACACGGUUUGCUUAAAAUCAAUACUCAAUAUUCAAUUUGCACUCCUGAACACUGUAUAGUGCUUACAAAAACGUUGCUUUGUGUUCACUGUUGCUACUCGUAAGUCGAUUUGUUAUAGGUUACAUUACAGCCUGAGUUAGCAGAUGCUCCAAAUAUAGUAAAACUAAAAAAUAUAGCGUAGCGAAAUAGCGAAAUAGUUCGCUACAUUUUUUAAGCACUAGCUGUAGUCAGUAGCGAACUACCUUUGUUCAAAAGUAGCAGUAGUUGUAGCUGACUACAUAUUUUUGAAGUAGCUGUAGUUAUAGCGAACUACAAAAAAUUUGUAGUCAACCCACCCUUGCCUUUAGGUCUAAUAAAAUGUAUAAAAUUCAACUAUUCAAUCCAUCUACCCUUCUACAAGCAGUGUAUUUAUACGAUGUUACUGUCUUGUAUCUAGGUUUUGGAAUCGGAACGAACAAAUGGAUUAUAUUCUUCAAUGGUGGUGCGUGGUGUUUUGACGAGCAAUCAUGUUAUGAACGGAGCCAUACUGUCUAUGGCUCGAGUCGCUUUUACACGGUAUUUUCCGAAAAUGGGCUAUACUCAAACGACCCCCAAAUUAAUCCAGAUUUCCAUAACUGGAAUAUGGUGUUCAUAAUAUACUGUGAUGGAUCAUCUUUUACCGGAAUGCGGCAAAACCCAGUUUAUUUCAUGGCCGAAUCAGUUCAUUUUCGCGGCAAAGCCAUACUUGAGGCGAUUAUUCAGGAUUUGCUGUCGAAAGGGGUCCGAAGUGCUAGUGAUGUACUGCUGUCUGGCAGCUCCGCGGGCAGUCUGGCUGUUCUUAUUCAUGCAGACUUUAUAAGGUCCAAGUUGAAUCCGAAGACCAAAGUGCGUGCAAUUGCAGACAGCGGUUAUUUUUUGGACAUAGAGACACAGUACGGCACUAACAAGACACGAGACAUGUUUAACCGUAUGUUAUUGACACACAAUUCAACUUCCAGUCUUCAUGAAGCUUGUAUAAAGCGCAUGGCUAAAGCUGAUCACUGGAAGUGCUUUUUCCCGCAAUAUUUUUUCGACCUUAUUGAAACUCCAGUUUUCGUUCUCCAAUCUUCUUAUGAUGUAUGGCAAAUAGUGAACGGUCUUGAUAUCGUUUGUGUUAUACCAAGUUAUGAAGAUAUUCUCUUGUUCAGAUCUCUCAAACGUUUACGCACUGUACGAAAAACAGUCGAGAAUCCGGUAGUGACGUCAUCGAGGAACACUCCACGCGGGACUGGCAAUGUAUCCCACGAGGCUGUAAAAGCAUCCCGCGGGAAAAAUCACGAGUCCCGCGCGACAGGUCACGCAUCUCUCAAACGUUUACACACUGUACGAAAAACACUCGAGAAUCCGGUAGUGACGUCAUCGAGGAACACUCCACGCGGGACUGGCAAUGUGUCCCACGAGACUGCAAAAGCAUCCCGCGGGAAAAUUCAUGAGUCCCGCGCGACAGGUCACGCAUCUCGUGGGACUAAUCAUGCAUCCCGCGAGACAAGUCACCCAUCUCGCGGGACUAAUCACGCACAAGAAUUGGACUCGAUUCCCGUGAAAAAUGCUCACUGGCAAACUCGUAUACCUACAAGUACUCGCAGUAAAUUUUUAGCUGAAUAUAUCCCGCGUAUUCCACGCGUGAAUAGCCUUGUCCCGCGUGUUCAACGCGCGAAUAAUCGUGGCCAGGUGCCAACUCUGGUUUUAAAUAACCGGCAAACACCAGUUUGGCGCAGUCCUAGGUGGAGAUAUAACUUGGCAACGCAAGAUUCUUGGAACAACCCAGCUAUCUCACGCUCUGCAAGUGCUAUGAACGAGGUUGCACGCCCUAAUAAUCUUGUUCAAACGUUUAAUUCUCCAGGUAAAUCCAAAGUUCUCCGUCGGCAGAAUCUUGACAACACCCAAACCUUUCCAUUCUACAACAUUCGACAAACCGUCCCUGCUCUUCACCUAUCUAGUGUUAACCGAGUGCGCGCAUACAGCCCUACAAAUGGUGGACAAGAACCGCGCGCAUAUAGCGCUAUAAAUGCAAAUGUUGCGCAUUUUAGGCAGAAAAGGAAACCUGGAAGUACCCAGUUUGUUUUACAAAAAUCACGCAGUAUUUCUACAAAAGAUGCGCAGUUUAGGAGAAAGAGAAAACCUAGGAAAACGCAAAACGUUCGACCAAAAUCACGCACUAAUAUGCAAAAGAAGGAAUGGCAUUGGCUACCGUUAUACAGUAGUCCUACACCCUGUACCAAAGAUGAAACAGAGAAGAUACUAAAUAUGCGCAAGAUGACAAUUGAAGCAUUGAAACCUGUCAUAACCAAACCACACAGUGGACUCUUUCUGUCAUCCUGUUUUGAACAUACACAAGCGACCUAUAACAAUAUCUGGCAGAAAAGUCGAGUCAAUGGGAAAAGCCCCAGAGACGCAAUAGCCGAGUGGUAUUUUGGAAAGCCUGGUAACCAUAUACAUAUCGGUCCGGAAUUCGAGUUUGAGUCUUGUGUGAUGUGA